AGCAGCCAAGACCAGAGAGAAACAAAGACAGGAAAGGCUGAGACGUUUAGCUUACAAGUAGGCAUCAUUCUAAGAACCAAAGCUCAUCUGUCAAGAUGUACUGCAAGACCCAAGAACAAAUAAUGGAAUUAGAGCUUUAUGAUAAUAAAUUCAGAAAUAAUAAGAACACAACUGGACCACAAAGAUACUGCCAGGAUGAAGGAAGAGCUCAAAAUCGCAGAAGUCGAUGUUUGGUGGUGAUCACAGUGUGUCUCGGGAUCCUCUGUCUUCUUCUGAUUGCUGCCAUUAUAUAUCAGCACAUUCUGAGCACUUCUAAACGGGGAUAUCUGUGGGGUCCAGAUGGCUUGUUCAUAUCCAAUAAGGAGAUGAGCUGGUCUGAGAGCAGGCAGUACUGCAGGGAUCGAGGAGCUGAUCUGGUCAUUAUCGACACUGAAGAGAAGCAGAGGCAUAUAACGUCAUUCCUCAAGGAGAGUGUGUGGAUUGGUUUGUCAGACACAGAGAAUGAAGGCAACAUGAAAUGGGUGGAUAAUUCACCACUGAAACAUGGGUUUUGGAUUGAAGGUGAGCCGAAUAACUAUCGUGGUGGAGAUGAGGACUGCAUUGAACUGAAUCCUACAAAACACACCCUGAACAACUGGAAUGAUCUCACAUGCUCUCAGAUGAGAAAAGGGAUUUGUGAAAAAUAGGGUUUCAUCAUGCAUAUCUUUUAAUCUUAUUCUGGGGCUGUUUUCACAAAACAUUUUAUCCUACCACUAAGAGUUCUCCUAAAUCAGCAAGUUAGGAGCUACUUUUAGUCUUGAGAUGUUUUGUGAAUAUGGCUCCUAUCACAUAAUUCAUUAUUACAAUUCCUGUCUUUUAAGACAAUAUCAGUUGAUUUAAUUGCAUGAACUCAGUGGCGUAACUUUGUUUUAAAAAGUGGGUGGGACAGGAAUGUGUAUGUGCCAUUAGUCCCGAGAGUAUGUAUAUUAGUUAAUAAAUACGAGGAUCCGCAGUUGACAUCAGAUUGUCUUGAUGGACUAGUGGUGGCAUUUUUGUUUAGCGUGCAAGAGGUUCUGGGUUCUAACCCCAACCAUGUAUGAUUUUUUUUUUAUUUAUUAAAACCAAAGAUGUUCAUUAAGAUUGUAUAUCAAGAGCAGGGAUACGUUUAUGUGUAGCUAUUUUGUUUUGUGAUUUCAACCUAAAAAAAUAGAGAGUCUCUGCAACAGAGCGAUAGAUUGAAGUGCUCGUCCGUGUGAACACUGCGCAGUGUGCACGAGCGCCAAGAGAACACUGUUGCGCCUCUGAUAGCAGCAACAACGAGCACUCAACAAGAUUUCAAAAACAACACAUUCUAGCACCAGAUCGCCUACUAUUAACUCAAACGGAUAAUCAACUAGAGCUGUUUUUUUUGUAUUACAUAUCCGUGCCACGAGAGGUUUCAAAAAGUGGUCGGGACAAUAUCGACCCUUUCAAAAAGUGGUCGGGACAUGUCCCACCCAUCCCACCCGUAAAUUACGCCUAUGCAUGAACUGCUUUCAUGUGAAAGGGUGGUGCUGCACACUUCAUCUGAUGUGUUCAUGUCUUGCUCCACAAGCAGCUCUAUGUCAGUAUAACCUUAUUCUAGCUGUUAUCAUGUCUCAUUUGUUGGUCUGAAGUGUUGAAGUGACAAUCACAGUAUAGAAGUGUACAGUGUUUUAGAUUGCCCUGAUUCACCCUAUUAUUCAGCGUUAAGAUAUUGAGUGCUGUAAAACUGCAUUUGGGUUUAUUUGCUUUCUCUUUUAAUUAAAAUAAAAACGUUAUUAA